AUGCCAGCAGCGAUCUCGCCUACUGCCGAGCCGGGCCUCUUCUAUAUCAUCAGUCAGCCGAAGGCAGGGUGCGAGGAAGAAUACCACGAGUGGUAUAACACGGAGCACGGUCCGCUGCGAUUGCAGCUGGGUUUUGUGAGGAACGGGUAUCGUUACAGGUGUAUAGAUGCCGAUUCGAAGGCUUUUCUGGCGAUAUAUGAUCUGGCGAGACUAGCUGGUCUGCAAGAGCCAGCCGACAAGAUAGACUGGAUCGAUCGAAGAGUGUACAGGGACGUGUCGAGCAGAGGGCGCAGUGAUGAUCCUGCUCCGGUGAUCAUGACAGUGUCGUUGCUAGUGAGAGAUGACCUUGUGCCUGAGGUGCAUCGGUGGUAUGAGAAGGAGCACAUACACGACCUAAGUCGAAUACCUGGCUGGCGGCGCAGUCGGCGCUUUGAGUUGCUCGAGGCAGAUGAUCUUCGUCCUGGCUAUACCGAGCUGCUAGCUGUGCAUGACUUCGACAAGAUCAAUGGACUGGAUGGGCCGGAGCACAUGGCAGGCAGAGCGAAGCCCUGGCGGAAUCAGAUCAUGGCGCAGGUCGAGCGUCGGGUUAGCAGGCGGUUUGAGUACUUCCAUGAGUUUCAAGCGUCGGAUUAUCGAGAACCAUAG